AGUUCUUGUUUGGUGUCAUACCUCAGUUGUAGUGAGGUAUCUUCUCAUAUUCUCUUAUAGUCCAAAAGCUCUAUAAUACGCUUCUUCUCUCAGCGCAAUGUCCGGCUACGACUCCGGUACAACACCCACAGACAUCAUCACCUACAUCGGUGUUCCUCUAGCCGUUCUCGGUGUCCUCCCAAUUCUUUACAACACUAUUGCGACGCUCGCCGCGCGAUCUCGCAUCAGGCGCAUGCUCCGUCAUGCCCGCCUGACAGCCCUCACCCGCUCCGACGUUGUGAAUCGCGUCAUUGAGGUUGACCUCCCCCGCUACGCCGUCACGCCCUGGGACCGCUUUGAUCACCGCGACGAGUACUGGUCUCUCGCCCGCCACCCUUCCUCCAUCCCUGGUGGUACUUGGACCACCUUCAACUGGCGGACCAACACCAUCGGUCUCAAGACGCAGAGGGUCGAGUACGCAGACCAGCUGCGGCAACCGCAGGUCGAUGUAACUUUUGACGAGUUGAUCAGCUACCUCCUGGAUCUCGGCGCCGUUCCCGAUGCUCAUGGAUGGAGGCUGCUCAGGAGCACCGGGCUAUGGACUCCCGUCGGCUGUACCCUGAUGCAGAGCCCCGAUGGACAACAUAAGGCCCUUACCAUUGCGCCUCUGAACGACUCAGACGGCCAUCUGUCGCUGUCUGUGAACUGGUCCUCGCACUGGACCACGAGAAGCCAUGAGUCUCUGCCCCCGUACUGGGUGCGGCUCUUACCACUCCCCACUCCAGAAACCUCAGUCAUCGAGCAGGAUGACGAGAAGGGCGGCGACGACGUCAACGUAGAGCCAGAACCAAGCGGCGCAAGCAUCAAGCAAAAGACGGCAUCCCCAUCAUCCUCCGUCGCCAGCAUAUCCCGCGCCGCAAAAUCUAACGCCCAAACCCCAAUAGCCUGCAAAAUCUCCUCCCACGGCCUCAUAAGCGCCAUCCCAGACCACCCAGACUUCCCGCCAACGAGCCUCUACAUCGAACACGUCCGCAUCCGACCGGACCACACGGCGGGAACGUGGUUCGCCAGCGCCGCCACGGCCUACGGGACCUCGAGCGCCACCAUCCUGUGGAACUACCGCAUCCCGGACGACAUCCUCGCCUUUGCACGGGGUUCCUCUGUCCCCUGCGGCGUGCUCGAGGUCCUGGGCGUCGUCGACGGCUCGCAGACGCCCGAGUGGGCGAGCUCGCACAAUGACACGCGGGAUAAUCUUGACGUUUUGCACCGGCGGAUGCGGGAUCAGAUGAAUGCCAUCUCGGCUGAGCAGCAGAUGAAUCCGGUGCGGAGAGAGCAGGCUGUGAGGGAGAGGAUGCGUAAGGAAUCUGAUCAGCACAUGGACGAUGUCCGCGAUAGAAUGCGCCUCGACGCCCGCCGCCGCGAAACCCGCGCCCACGAAGCAAUCCAAUCCCCCAAAUGGGAUGCCGCCCUGGUGGCAACCCACACUCUCCCCUGGCUCCAGCAGCAAGGCUACCUAUCAGCCCCGACUACCAGCGACAUCAUCACCCCGACCCUCCGCUCUGUCGCCGCGGGUCUCUUACACCGCAUGCUCCUCGACGGCGCCUUCGCCUCAUCUCUCUCCGCCGUCCUCGACGCGUGGAAGGCCUGGGCCGACAACGGCGGCAUGCGCAAGUCGGACCUCGAGGCGCUGCGGGAGGGCCCCAAGGCGCUUGAGAUAUUUGCGCUCGCAAGCGUCUUGGUUGCUAUGAUUCGAAAUGUCGGGGGCGCGGCGGAGGGGUCAGUGGGUGUUGAUUUGCAGGAGUGUUUGAGGAUGUGGCGGCAGGUGAGGUUGGGAUGAGUGAUGGAUGAUACACUUAGGGAGGGCAUCUUAUAGACCCGGUCAUAAGGGGGAAAGGAAGGAUACGAAAAGAAAAGAAGAAAGAAAAACGACACCAAAAAAAGAGUUCACCACCGGUGUGGCUACAUCUCUUGGUGCUCAUGCUGGGAUUCGAACUCGGAUACUCUUCGCUAAGCCUGUCGUCGAGUAGGCUGGUUGGCGUUAUGAAUUGAUUGUUGGACCAUAAACCACUCCACCACCCAGCCAGUUUGCCCUGACCCGUCGACCUAGACGGGCGCCGUCUGGCUGGUGACGGG